GGCCUUUCUCUCUCAAAAGCCGAAAGCAAGAAAGCUUCAGAACAACUCAUCCAGCAUUCCAGCCAGCCAAGCCCCCCUCUGCUGUCUCACUCAUUCUCCCAGCCUUUUGAAAACUGCAACCCGCAGCCUUGAUACUUUCCUUGGUCUCCCUUGGCAGCUAAUUACCAGAUUCCAAGCACGUCGAGACCGACGGAGAGGUCGUGUUUCUCAUGUCGCCGCCGUAGCAGGGAUUACCAUCAGGCCAUCGAUCACAGAGCGCGCACGAGAGCCAUGGCGAGCAGUUGCGCGGCGGCGCUCCACAGGAGGACGCACAGGGUGACGUCGGCGCUGGCGUACGCGGUGCUGGAGUGGAUCCUCAUCGCGCUGCUGCUCAUCAACGGGAUCCUCGCCUACGCCGUCGCCCGCUUCGCGGCCUACUUCGGGCUCAGGCCCCCUUGCCUCCUCUGCUCCCGCGUCGACCAGCUCUUCGAGGCGGAGGACCACGAUGGUGGCGAUGAGGCUUCCGGUGCCGCGCGGUGGCUCCGGGUGGCCCUCUGCGGCGCCCACGCGGCGGAGAUCUCCGGGAUGGGGUACUGCGUCCACCACCGGCGGAUCGUCGCAGAGGCCGCCGACAUGUGUGAGGGCUGCCUGCCCUCUUGGAAGAAGCAGAGGAGGAACGAUGCAGAGGAGAAGGGCGCCGUGUGUUCUUGCUGCAAGGCUCCUGUAGAAAUUUCUUCACGCGAGUUGGAGGAUACAAGGGUACAAGAUCCUGUUCAUGAGAAGACAGCCGAAGAAGAAGAGGAAGACCAGGGAUAUGUUCUUCUGGAUCAAGACGAUCACGAAGAGGAAGAAGAGGAGCAGGAAGAGGUAGAAGUAGAACACCGUGAGCAGCAAAAGGAGGUGGAAGGGCAAGAACAACAAGGGGAGAAGGCGGCUGCUGUGGAGGACGAGUCCUUGGAAAUCAUGGCUCAGGCCGAAGAGAUCACUCCCCGCGACGAUCGAUUGGUGCCGGUGGUGGCACUUGAUGAGAUGACAAUUGCUGAUGAUUCAGGUGUUCGUUCGGAUGCCGUCGAAAAGGAGGGUGCCAUGAAUCAUACAGACGAUGAGUGUGAUCCAGGUGAUCUUGAUGUCAGAGUAGUUGUGGAGGAGAAGACGAUGCUGGCUUCUUCAGUUGCAACCGCGCCUGCCAUGAUCGAGAAUUCCAUUUCCCAAGAUGAUGGACUGGUUGAAGAUACAGUCAAAAUUGGAGAUCCGAGAACUGAAGAGAGCAUCGUUGUGCCUCGAGCUCCUGAAGAUGGCAACAAAUCAGCAGAGGUGGAGACUAACUGUGAGGUAUCAAUCGGAAGCGAGAUAUGUGAACAGGAGGACCAUGGCCAUGUCAAUGUCGUUCCAUUUCAAGAACUGGUGGCGCUUGAGGAGCUGUUUUCUCCAUUGUCAGAUGCAGAUGAUCGGACAUUGCCAUUGGAAACCCUCCAUUCGGUCCCAACUGAGCAAGCAAAUGAUACCGAACAAGAGGUGCCAGCCAGCCAGAGAUUAGACGACCUAUCAAAUGACCAGAACGAGGAUGGCGAAGACAAGACACCUGAGACACCCACCUACAGCUUUGCCACACAGAACUCAGGAAAAAGAUUUUUGCUUGAAAGGAAGUUGUCACUGUCCUUAUCCUUGGAUGGAAGCGUAUCAAGCGAGAUCGAGGGUGGUGAACCUCCCACCAUUGAUCAGCUGAAAUCGGCACUGCAAACAGAACGGAAGGCGCUCAGUGCGAUGUACGCCGAGCUAGAGGAAGAGAGGAGCGCCGCUGCCAUCGCGACCAACCAGACGAUGGCGAUGAUCAACAGACUACAGGAAGAGAAGGCCGCAAUGCAGAUGGAGGCGCUGCAGUACCAGAGAAUGAUGGAGGAGCAGUCGGAGUACGACCAGGAGGCACUGCAGCUGCUGACUGAGCUGGUCACCAAGAGGGAGAGGGAGAAGCAAGAACUGGAGAGGGAGCUAGACCUGUGCAAGCAGAAGGUUCUGCGCUAUGAGGACAAGGAGAGGAGGAGAAUGGCAACCUUCAAAGACAAUGUGCAUAGCUCUAACGGCAAUGGCACUUCUGUGUCAUCCAGUGGUGAGGACAGCGACGAGCAUUCGGAUGACUACUGCGAGCUGGGCGAGUCUCCGAACAACGACAGCAAUCUUCGUAGCUCGUCUGAUGCUGCUCUUAGCCCGAGGAAGGAUCAAGGAAACACCGAUCAUCUUGUCGCAUUGGAUGAUUCCUUGACAUACUUUGAGAUGGAAAGACUUUCAAUCUUGGAGGAGCUCAAGACACUUGAGGAGAGGCUCUUCACCUUAGAAGACGACGACAUCAAAGAAACCAAUGUGGGAGCUGGCCAUUCCUUAGAUGUUCAUGAGCUGUCAGAUCUCGGUCUGCAUUCUCCGGAGAAUGGUCUCACCAGCAACAAGGUGAAAUUUGAAGGUAGAAGUUCUAUCUGUAGAGGGAAGAGCCUUCUGCCACUCUUUGAUGCAGUUAGCGAUGAGAAGUGUGAUCGUACAUCAUCUGAAAGAGCAGGGGAUACAGAGGCUGAUAAUUUGACGAAACCUGUAUCUAUGUUCCAAAAAGAACAGGAGAGGUUAGCAAUAAUAGAGGAGGUUGAUCAUGUGUAUGAGAGACUGCAAGCGCUAGAGGCAGACAAGGAGUUUCUCAGGCACUGCAUCAAGUCCCUCAAGACAGGAGACAAGGGCAUGUACCUUCUUCAAGAGAUCUUACAGCAUCUUCGCGAACUCCGGAACGUGGAACUUCAUGUUAAGGAUGCCGGCGAUGUCCUUGCUGCAAAUUCAGCAUAGCAGAUGAAUCUACAUAAAUUAUUGUGAUUUAGUUGAUCGGCUUUGGUGACUCGAUUGGAAUGGUCCAAGUACUGGAUGUUGAUAUGGUCCCUUUGCAAGAUAAUUGCUUGUUUUAAGGGACGAUUUGCUAGUUUGCUUGAGUGGGGCCUGAAGCAAGUCUCCCCUUCUCUUAUGUGCUGGACCAGCAUUGCCGGCUUUUAUGAAGUGGUUGGUGGUGGCAGAAAUCAUUCGGCCGUCCAAAGCUGCACGGAGCUGAAUCAUGGUGCCAGGCAGCUCCUUAGGUGUGCGCAACACUUCAAAAGGAGAGAUAGAGAAAUAGAAAAAUGGGAAAGGUUAGUCUGAAUGGAGACGUGGGGGAUUUUUUAUUUGUUUCAUCUUCUUCUUUUGGUUAGUAUUCAGAUUUGUUUUUUGCAGAGGUGGAGAAUGUUCAUGUUUUUGCUGUACUAUCUUAUAUAUAGUAUGAAGUUGUAGGUUUGUAGCUUGUAUGGUUGGUAUGUGCUUCAUUAUUGUGCACUUUAUAUCCAGUUUUGAUGAAUCCUGUUGCAUUAGCCACGGGGUUCUUUGGUCCU